AAAGUUUUAAGCGCCGGGACAGCGUUGCCUAGCAGCUAGGCUGUGGCUAGUUCACGUUCCCUGUUUUUAUCCGUAUAUCGAAGAACCGCGGACAUUUCCCCUUCUCAGCCUCCCUGUCAUCUGCCUCUUAUUCUCUCGCAGUCUUUAUGCCAAACAUGACCCAGACCGUGACACUAAAGGGACCCUCUCCCUGGGGUUUUCGGCUGGUUGGAGGACGAGAUUUCAGCACCCCGUUAACUAUCUCCAGGGUGACACCAGGCAGCAAGGCGGCCCAAGGUGACCUGUGUCCAGGUGACACCAUCCUGGCUAUCAAUGGAGACGCAACAGAGCACAUGACUCACAUGGAGGCUCAGAACAAGAUCAAAACCUGCACUCAGCAGCUUACACUGAGCAUCAGCAGAUCAGGAUCAGGAGACAGAGUGUGGUCGCCAACAGUUAGUGAAGAUGGCAAGACAAGCCCUUACAUGGAACCCGACUCACAGAAUUUUCGUCCAAUCACCAGCGGAUAUGCCGGUUACACCCGUAAACCUUCAUAUACCCCUGAACCCCAGUCACCUCCGAUUCCCCAGCCCGCUAACCUCAAUAAUGGACACUCCAGACCCAACAAUGGCCACAGCUAUGGGUAUGGCAAUGGAACCGGGCACUCUCAGUACAACAACCCUGCAGGACUGUAUGCUCACAAUGGAAGCAAUGGAGACAGAUCUCUGCCAAGCAAGAUGGGAGGUCUCAGCCUCAGUGCCACACACAGCCCAGAGCCUUCCAUACAGUCUCCUGUGGGCCGUAACGGAUUUGACACAGAGUCAGACGUCUACAAGAUGCUGCAGGACUACGAGGAACCUGUCUCAGAACCCAAACAGUCCGGCUCCUUCAAAUACCUACAGGGAAUCCUAGAGGCUGAGGAUGGAGGUGUGUCACCAACGGAGAGAAUGAGAAACCUAAAGUCUCCCAUCAGGUCUCCAAUCCCCAAGUUGGCAAGCCCCAUCCCCAGCCCCAUGUCUGGCCUUCAGAAACUACCCCAGUGCACACGGUGCUGUAAUGGCAUUGUUGGCACCAUCGUGAAGGCCCGAGAUAAACUCUACCAUCCCGACUGCUUCAUUUGUGACGACUGUGGCAUCAACCUAAAGCAGAGAGGCUACUUCUUUAUUGAGGACAAUCUGUACUGCGAGACCCACGCAAAGGCUCGCGUCCAACCCCCCGAGGGCUACGAUGUUGUUGCAGUGUACCCCAACUCCAAGGUGGAGUUAGUCUGAGAUAAAGAGGGUGCAUAUAUUGUAAUACAACUGGUAAACAAGGAAUAUUGUAGAAUGUGGCUACUGAGUUUAUUAGCCUCCACCAAUUGGGCUCUGUCAAGCAGGAAUGCUUAUCUUGGGUCAGUUUUGCCUUUAGGAGAGUCACAUUUGUGAUUGAGUGAUCCCAGAUCAGUGCUUCCACUCUGACAGACUUGAUGAAUGCCUUUUUUCAUUGAGCAUAUCCCAAUCUGUUGACAGAAUACCCCCCUUUUAUUUUGAUGAGCAUCUCAAAUCUCCAGACCAUUAAAAAGCAACAUUAAACAUUUUAUGCUACAGUAUGUAAUGAUCUGGUAGCCCUAAUCUCUCAACCAGUCUUUACAUUAAAAUUGUAUAUGCACAUUCACAUUGCUUGCAUAGUAACAGAAUAUUCAGUGUAAUACUGCAGGCAACAAGAUAAUUGCAAGAAAGCUGUUAUUACAAACAUAAUAUCCCGCUCGAGCCUUACACUAACUUUAAGACACCAUGUGCAUUAUCACAAAAUAUUUUUGAGUUGAUUGUGGUGUGUGAUGUGAUGAACUUUGCAGAGGUGGUGGUUAUUAAAGCUUUGGGGACUAAUUUUCACAGUUCUCUGCUCACCACAUUAUAUUCCACGUCAUGUAAGGUUAAGUGACAUGUUGUUCAAAUCCUGGUUAAGGUUUGAAAGGCUUCUUUCUUUGCUAUAGUUCAAUAAUAUACUCAUGUUGGAUGGAUUUUUGCAUUUCUAACUCACAUUUAUGCAAUUUACUUUUCAUGUUGCAAAACCGGGGAACAUUCCUGUUUAGUUUUCUCUUUUUUUUCCUGCUCACUUGUCAGUUAUGCAAACAGAAUAAGCAAUACUUCAGUUGAAGAAUAUCUCUAACAGUGUCUGGAAUGUGUCAGUAUGUUUUGGUGACUGGGUUUGCUGAACUUCUACUUGUAAUAAAUGCCUCCGUAUGCAGCUAUGCAAGCACCACCUUCUGAAAGGUAAACAAAUCCCUGCAGGAGACAUCCUGCAAGCUCUGUGAGAAACUCUAGAACUUGUUGGGAAUUGACUUUAAAAAAAAAAAAAAAAAAAUUCCCCCAGAUGUGAAGAAAUGAGACUUUAUUGCUACAGUAACUUAGUUAAAUGCAGUGCAUGCAUUUUGACAUUUUAAGCAGGGGUGAUACACAUCUGCAAACAGGGUGGUUUAUGCACCUGACUGUGAGAGGAAUUUCACCUCUCACACUGAAGAAUUCCUGUUCACAAGAGCACAGAGUUCACGGGGCAUUGGGGCUUCAGGUUGACAUCAGUAUGCUCCCCACAUCUCAUGACAGCUUUUAAAAAUGAUUGUGUGCAUUUGAGACUGGAGACGCAGCUACAGAAAUCUGUUAGGAACUUGUAAAAUGGGACUUCACAGCCUACAACAUGUGGGAAUAAUACUCACUUUGUUACUUUUUUUUUUCCCCCUUCUUUUUUUUGUGAUUCACUACAUACUGUAAAUUCAUACAGUUCCUUUCUGGAAGAGAGCAAAAGACAGAAGUUCCCACUAUGGAUUCAGAUUUCUACAGCCAAACCCUUAAGGCUAAUGAAAUACAUUUCUACAUUUACUUGGAGAGAAGUGGGGGGAAUAAAUUUAGGGAAUGGGGUGGGGUGAGAAAGAGAAACGAGGGGAUGACAUGUAUUUUGUUUUCUUGACAGAAAAUCUUUCUGUAAGAAAAGUGUAGCAAUCAGUCUUAGCUUGUUGUGUAAUAGAGUGAACGCUGUGCAGAGAGGUGGUGAUGUUCUUUCAUUUUAGAAAUAUUUCUAACAAAACUACUCUUGUAAUUUGAAAUGGGAAUAAAUUUUACAGCGCUGAUAUCCAGUCUGUUUUCAGGAUAUUAGCAGUGAUGUUUAGCUGCUGGUAUCUGUCCAAGCUAGUUAUUUGUAAAUUAUGUGAAAAAAUCUAUUGCUACCACAUUGUGUCUUUGGUAUUGUACAUAUUUGUUUCAUUGUGAUUGCUUUAACAUACAGUAUAGAUCAUGUCACUCACUUGCCUUUGCAUACCCAGUGUCUACUCUUUAAAUGAUUUCUGAGGCACGAAACCUCUUCUUGUAUUUAACUUAUUGUUCUACCAACACAUGUUUUUUGUUCUGGAUCUUCUUUUUUGCUCUUGUUUUUUCUAGGUUCUAAAUAAAAUGAAAAGUACUUUA